UAUUAUUAACAUCCUCUUUGGAAGCUAAUGUACUGAUUAUAUAUUCUCUUUGUUUGGAAGCAAGCUGCUGGAGACUUGAGAUGUGAUGAAGAUGGCGGGUUUGGAAUCGAUGGUUGUAGAAGAAAUAAAGCCGGUGGAAAAACCUGUGGAUAGAGAGAAGACAUGCCCAUUACUACUACGAGUAUUUUGUUCAACUGGAAGGCACAAUUCGCCAGGAGAUUAUUUAAGAGGAAAUGUACCACAAAACGAACUACAAAUUUAUACAUGGAUGGAUGCAACUCUUCGAGAACUAACAAGUCUAGUGAAAGAGGUUAACCCAGAAACACGACGCAAGGGUACAUAUUUUGAUUUCGCGAUUGUAUAUCCUGAUAUGAGAUCACCUACUUAUCGCAUGAGAGAAAUUGGUGUAACUUGUUCUGGUCAAAGAGGAAAUGAUGACAACAAGACACUGUCACAACUAAAAUUCCAGAUUGGGAAUUUUUUAGAUAUAUCGAUUACACCUGCUAAUAGGAUGCCACCCCCAAUGAGACGUCCACAACCUUAUAAUAUGAAUAAUCGGCCCUAUUAAUAUUUAGUAUUGGUAAAUACUGUAAUAUUUUAAUAAAUUUGUAAUUUGUAACAA